AUGCCCAGCUUUUUUGCAUCUCUUCUGUUUCAAGGUCUGCUGGUUCUCGAUAAGGAGCCGGUUACAGCCAAAAACCUGGGCAUAAAGGUUUUUGUUCGCGAACUAAGUAAAAGCUUCGGUGAAGAACAACCUGCUCCUGUACAGGAGGUGCAGGAGAGAAUAUGGUUGGGGUUAUG